AACCAGCUAACUUGAUUUAACCAGUUGGUCUGUUGAUCUUGUCAUAUCUUUGACAGUCUGGAAUCAUUUGUUGGGAUCAGUAAUGUGACUUUACACUGGCUUGUUUCUUAUUUGUCAAAUGAAUCCUUCUCAGCAGAAACUGGUGAAUGGAAUGUUAUUCAAGUGCCCUGGUUGCUCGUAGAGUUCCACAGGGCUCUGUUCUAGGUCCUUUAUUAUUUUUCAUAUCUUUUUUUCCCUUAGGGACAAAUUCUAAUUGAAUAUAACAUCGAUUACAAACUCUAUGCUCUUGACACAACUGUGUCCCACAUCAGUCCAGUAGUAAUGACAGUUCCUUGUUACUGUCCUCCCUGUCUAACAUUAAAAACUGGAUGUCCGGAAAUUUCUGCAAUCUCAAUGACUUUAAGUCAGAAAUACCUCAAGAAAGAGUAAUUGUCAUUUUAUGUGUGGUUUGGGCCCAUUAGCCAUCUAAGUUGAACAAGGGGCCUGAAAUCUUUGAAGGGUUUUUGCUUCAUGUAUUCUUUCUUUGCUGGUGAUGAAGACUGAGCAGCCUUGUUUCAUUCUGCUUCUGUUAAUGUAAAAUGCUGCUGUUUGGCUGUUAACUUGAUGUAAUACAAGUAACCACAUUCUUCAAGGACUUCACUGGAUACCAGUUAGUUUUUCAAUUGUUUUUAAGAAUUCGUUCCUCGUUUAAAAAGUUUUACACAACCAAGCAGUAACUUGCAUUUGAGACCUCUUAACUCUUUAUGAGCCUGAUUUCCAGAUGAGAUCGUCUUACAGAAACCUUCUGACUGAAAGGUUACUAACAAUAGUUUCUCCUUAGUAUGUUUAAAUCACUCAGUUUGCUUUUUUGUUUUUUUAUGACUGUCUUUUGCAUUGCGUUUUUUCCCCCUUCAUAAAUGUCUGCUUUGUGUAAUACAUUGUAACUUAAAUGUCUCUAUUGGAUGAAUAAGGUGCACACCAACUUCUUGACCAGGUAAAUUUUUAUUGUCCUUCAGCAUCAUCAUAUCAUCUGUUGAGCUUGGCACUAAUUAUCAAAUGUUUAGUAUUCUUACACGCUCAAAUGCUGUAACAUUACGCCCACAGCCUAACUACAGGCCCAUAGAGCCACAAAGAUGGCAAUAGGCUCUUGUUAAAUCUAAAUUGUUCAUCACUGGAGUUGUGUGCGCACCAAGGAAAGUAUGUCACAUCAUGUGCCCAUUUGAUUUGAAAAUCCAUCUUCAGUUAAUUGUAGAAAAAACUGUAUGAGCAACAAUAAUCUCUCGGUUCAUAGUAAUAUUAAAAUGAUGCCCAGCCUCCAUGAAAAUAAACCUUUCAAGCAAAAUAUACAUAUCUAGUUCAUAGCUCUUUAGCAUUUAAGAGUCAGCAGAGGAAUUUGAAGGUUAUAAGAAAAGGUUCAAGUACAGCAUAAGUGCUGCUAAGUCAUACACAGAGAUAAUGAUAGCUCAAGACUGUUCUCUUCCCUUUUUCUAGACACUUGACUUAAGCUGACUUUUUCCCUGAUGAAGGAAUAAGGAAGAGCUGGGAACUAGACUGGAUGAUUAUUAGCCAGGGAGAGUUGAACGACCUCGGUGCCGUUCAACUCUCCAUAACACUGCGUCAGAUAAAGCUGUGGGAGCCUCAGUUCUCAGCUUUACUGUGAACCUUUCGACUUCUAGAUUCUUUAUGAAGAACUAUUCUUGAUUUUUUCAUCAACAAUCCCACACAGAAUUUAUUCUUUUUUUCCACCUACCAUAUGAUUCUGACUGUCUUGAGGGAUUUCUUUGAUUACUACUAUUAUUGGACUGUGUAAAAUGUUUAAAACAUUCAUUUUUCUUUGAGUGUGUCGUGGGGGGUUGGAAAUUUAAAAGCUUUUGCUUCAUCCAUCCCCUUUUCAAACCGAGAUAUAUUUUUAUGUCUGUUGUUAAAAGAGCUGUGUGCAGGUUUGAAAUAAAUUUUCUGAACUGAACUGAACUGAAGGACAGUUACAUGUCUUACUUUGAGUUAAACCUGACUAAAAUGUUUUUGUAUCCAACCACAAGUUUCUGGACCACACAUCUGACUUCAGCUGAAACUGAUGCUGACAACAAACUAAUAUUAUCAACAAAUCUACACAAUUCAUGAGCCAACUUCUGAACAGCAAACUGGGACACACUCUCAGUUCUGGGCUUUCUUGCAAGUCACUUUGGACAAAAUUGCAAUUUAAUGGAGCCGAAUUACAAGACGUCUCUCACAGUUCAAGCAUGAAGGAAUCCUCUUUAUCUUUAGCUUUUUAUAUUUACUAGGAAGGAAACAUCACACCCUGUCAAAGUUCAUAUCUGUCGGUGUGUGCAGUAUGUCUCACCCCUUCAUUUUAAACUCUGACCUUGGUGUUUGUUUUUUUAAUUACUUUUUCUUAGGUCUGUGAAUGAAUGAGUGACAGCCUCAGCCCAUAAACUUACGAGCAGUGUCAUUACACUGUUACUCUGUCAGUCACUUAAGGUGUACAGCUCGCUCGCUCGCUCGCUGCCAGAUCAACGGCCAGACACGGCAAUGUAAAGACUGUUUUAGUAGACUUUUACAAUUACAACGUGUUACUGGCUCUUGCUUUAUAAACUUCAAUCUUUUUGGGAAUUUUUUAAGAGGAAUAUCUGCUUGCCAUGGAGGAAUCCCUGAAUGUCACCAUCGAUCCGGCUUGUUUACAAGAGCCUCCACUGGCAGGAGACAUGCUGAAGCACCUAGAUACGUUUGGAUUGUGCCUGUAUGCCAUGCUUACCUUCAUGUCCAGCGUCUCCCUGCUGCUGUACCUCGAACAGUGUGUCUAUAUUUAUAAAAAAGUGUCGUACCCCAAGAAGACGACCAUCAUCUGGGUCAGCGGUGCAGCACCAGUCAUCGCCACCAUGGCCUGCUUUGGGAUGUGGAUCCCCAGAGCAGUCAUGAUCACAGACAUGGCAUCGAAUUGUUAUUUUGCAGUCGUGGUGUACAAGGUGUUGAUUCUGCUGCUCCAGGAGUUGGGGGGCAGUAGCGCUUUUCUGGAGCGGUUUUCUGGUACACCCUUUAAAAUCAGCACGGGACCCUGCUGCUGCUGCUGCGUCUGUUUACCCCAAGUGCCCAUGUCACGGGGAAUGCUCUUCCUGUUGAAGAUAGGUGCUCUGCAGUAUGCAAUCCUAAAAACUGUGCUUUCUGUCCUCUCUGUAAUACUGUGGACGAAUGGAUACUUUGAUCUUUCUGAUCUAGAGAUCACUGGAACAGCCAUUUGGAUUAACCCGUUCGUUGGCGUCCUCACCAUCACCUCUCUCUGGCCCGUUGCCAUCGUCUUCAUGAACACCAACAGCUUUCUACGCAGCCUUAACAUUAUAGCCAAAUAUGCCAUGUACCAACUUAUACUAGUAUUGAGUCAGCUGCAGACGUCAAUCAUUAACAUCCUGGCCUUGGAUGGAACCAUUGCCUGUGCCCCUCCUUUGUCGUCUCAGGCUCGUGGAUCCAUGCUCAGUCAGCAGAUGAUGAUCAUGGAGAUGUUCAUCAUCUCUCUGGUCAAUCGGUUUUUGUACCAUCGUGCAUAUGACGCACUUCCUUCUGAGACACAUGACAACAACCUGAAUGGCAAAAUGGCAGACUGGCAGACUGCUCUUGUGGAGCACGAUGUCUAAAAAGGAGAUGGCACAACGAUAAAAAUAAACACUGAUGUGUAGGAUUAUCUAAGUUAGGAAGUCAGCAAAAAGUCAAACUUCAGUUUGAUAUAAUGCUUUACCUCAUUGUGUCAUUUAAGCGUAAGGAUCCAAUGACUAUGUGACUUAUUUCUUUGUACUUUUCAUACAAAAGAUACUGAUAUUUGUUCAUAACUAUAUCCCCUAGAUGGCAAAACUUGGUUCACCAAAAUUACUACUUUCAGCCCAAGUAAUAGUCUACAGGGACAUUAUUUCUGGAAUUAUUUACCUGUUUUUGUAUUCCACUUAAAACCUUAUUUUCUAGUGGAGGCAAAAAUGUCAUCAUAUCUCAACAUUUGUGCAAAUGAGCAAACUCUAUUUGAUAGACAGUUGAUGUAGGAAAGAUCAGAUUUAGUUUUUUUUUUUGGUUCUUUUUUGAUUUUGUUCUUUUUCUUGUUAGAUGUGCAGUAAAUAUAGAGCCACUACCAGAUUGCUUAACACUGAACACACUGAGUCUCAGCCAACCUGCCCCUCUAAAGCUCACUGAUUAACAUUGUUUAAUUUGUUUCUCAUUUAAGUGUCUACAAGACAGCAGCUUUGUGUAUUUGUUUUAUUUUUUCAGGCUGAAAUCUACAAAAUACACAAUAUACAGAGAAGUAUAUCAUCAUACUGUAUAUAUACUUUGUCAUACUAGGACAAAGUCAUACAGAGGGUAACAGGGUGGCAGGAUUACAUUUCCCUAGAGGGGGGUAAUUAAAAACACCUAUUUAUUUUUGUUAAUGUGUCUGUGUAUGUGCUUGAGAUACGUCAAUGUUGAAAUGAUCUGCAAUGACAUCUGAUGUAUUUUUUUUGUAGUAAAGGGGGAACUAAAUACUAACACAGUAUUUUGUUUGUUAUUAUUGCAU